AUGGCUGAAGGCUCAAGUACAAGUGCUCCCUUUAGAGCGUCAGAGCGUGUAGUGUUGGAUGAAAACAGAAUUCUCCAGGCCCUGCAAGAAGAUGUUGAAUCCUAUGUUGAAACUGGAGCUGAAACUGAUGUUGGAAGUGACGUAGAUGAAAUAGAAGAAAGAGAGGGCGAUGCCUGCAGAAAUUCAGAUACAGAGCAGAGUGACGAAGAUUCGGAAAAUGAUGGACCUAUCGAUCAGAUAACGAUUUACGGCACUGUGUACCACUCACACCACAUCGAUCAGACAACGAAUAACGACACUGGGUACCACUCGCACCAUAUCGACCAGAUAACGAAUAACGACACUGGGUACCACUCACACCACAUCGACCAGAUAACGAUUUACGGCACUGUGUACCACUCACACCACAUCGAUCAGAUAACGAUUUACGGCACUGUGUACCACUCACACCACAUCGAUCAGACAACGAAUAACGACACUGGGUACCACUCACACCAUAUCGACCAGAUAACGAAUAACGACACUGGGUACCACUCACACCAUAUCGACCAGAUAACGAAUAACGACACUGGGUACCACUCACACCAUAUCGACCAGAUAACGAAUAACGACACUGGGUACCACUCACACCAUAUCGACCAGAUAACGAAUAACGACACUGGGUACCACUCACACCAUAUCGACCAGAUAACGAAUAACGACACUGGGUACCACUCACACCAUAUCGACCAGAUAACGAAUAACGACACUGGGUACCACUCACACCAUAUCGACCAGAUAACGAUAUACGACACUGUUUACCACUCACACCACAUCGACCAGAUAACGAUUUACGGCUCUGUGUACCACUCACACCACAUCGACCAGACAACGAUUUACGGCACUGUGUACCACUCACACCACAUCGAUCAGACAACGAAUAACGACACUGGGUACCACUCACACACCAUAUCGACCAGAUAA